AUGGAAAAGACGUCGGAUUUAAUGCGUGAGCCGUGGGAAAUAGAAGACCCGCCAAGCGCUGAUCCGCUGGAAAUGGAGAAAGGAGAAAAGGUAUCGUGUAGAGUACCAAGUGGACAUACCGUUGCUAUUGUUGGUCCAUCAGGAGGCAAGGACCAGAGGAUUCACGAGCGCUUAAUGGGCGUAGAUGCGAAUGGCUACAACGUACACUAUUCCGUUCAGAGGCAACGUUCCGAGCGUAGAAACGAAGACGAUGACGCAAUGAAAUCCAGAAAACGACAUAUCGAAGACGAAGAGGCUCGUACCGAACCUCUCACGGGUGCAUCCAAUGACAACAAACGUUUUCGAAGACGUAUAUUUGCCACGUUCAAAGGAGACAUCAGGACGACUUUUUCAGAAACGGGGAACAACCAAGCCAUUGAGCUCAUCGAGUUGGAAGAUGACCACGACCGUGCUGGAAACCCAAACGAGUUUUAUAUCGAGAUCAGAGAAAACAACAAAAAGCCGACGAUCUCGCUUGACGAUCUGAAAGUUGUCUUGUCGGGUGACACUUUCGAAUGGAUCUUUUUCAACAGCUUAGGACUGAAAAUGCUCAAUGCCUUUUUGCACCAUAAUCCGGCCUUACGAUACGUACAAUUUGGUGAAUCAAUCUUCGUUCCGAAAGCAAGGAGUCGCUUGGAAGGGGUGUGGGCUUGUGGCAAGGAUUUUUCGCAAGUGUUCGACCAGAAGGUGGUGGAAAGGUGUCUUGAAGCAUAUCAAAGUCCGUCCUCUUCAUCGUCCAGAUUGCAAGACAAAUAUACUGUUGCUAAACUUGCUGACGUAACUGCAGAUGAGUACAAGUUCGAAACAACAAGUCCGGAAAAGAAGAGACAGUAG